AUGGGCUGUUCCAUUCAAAAAAAAAAGCUUCCAUUAUCUCAAUAAACUAUAAAUGUAUAUUGAAAUUAUUAUAACCACAGCUCUCUGAUGUAACUCAAACUCCUUAAUCUUCAUAGGAUGAUAAUGAUAGAUAAUAAAAUUUGAACACUCUUAAAUCACUUUUGAGAAACUCUAAUUUUGCUAUAUCAUAGACCAAAUAAACUAAUUGUAGAAAAAGAGCUAUUCACAUCUAAAAGUAAUGA